CACUUUCAGUUACGCAUGCGAACGUUGUGUAAGCGGACCUUUAGCGCAUACCGAGUUUAUGAAUAAUUCAGAAAAAUCGAAAGUUAUCGUUUAGGUAAAGUUAUCGUAGUGACGAGCCAGUUUUACAGUGUAUUCGGUUUAAAAUGGGCAAAAAUAAAAACAGUGAAAUUGAGGAAACGGGGGAUUUACCAGAAGUUAAAAUUAUUUAUGUCCCCGUAACAAAAGAAAUUGCACCCAACAUGUUGUCUGAAAUGACCCAACUUCCUACAGUUCAAGUUGGAGAUUACAAUUUGCACCUUGAGCUUGAGGAUUUGUCACCAGAAGCAAGAGAAAUUGCGAGGAAGGAACUUAGAGAAACUCCUGAUGUUUCAAGGGAGGCAGUUUCCACGUUAAGAGAUCUUCUAAAAGAGGAAAAAGAUCUGCAUGUUCCAUUGGAAAAUGACCAGUGGCUCAUCAGGUUCUUGCGGCCAUGUAAAUUUUAUCCCGAAAGUGCCUUAGAAUUGAUUAAGAGAUAUUAUAGUUUUAAAGUGAAACAUUCCGACAUCUAUAAUGGUCUAGUGCCUAGCAAAGAGAAAAAUAUUUUCGAACAGAACAUUUUGACAGUCCAACCCAACAGAGAUCAGUUAGGAAGAAGAAUCUUGAUCCUUGAACUAGGAAAAAAAUGGAAAACUAGCGAAGUUACUCUGGACGAGGUUUUCAAAGGUGCCGUCCUAUUUUUAGAACUUGCCAUGCUAGAACCUGAAACUCAAGUUUGUGGUGCUGUUGUUGUUUUCGAUAUGGAUGGCCUGUCUUUAUCACAAACAACGAAAUUCACGCCGAUGUUUGCCAAAAGGAUUGUCGAUUGGCUACAAGAUAGCGUUCCCCUGAGGAUUAAAAACAUUCAUAUUGUCAAUCAGCCCUACAUUUUCAAAAUCGUGUUCAAUUUGUUUAAACCAUUCUUGCGGGAAAAACUAAGGAACAGGAUUAUUUUCCACGGAACUGACCGUAAAUCCCUGCAUCAACAUAUCAGUCCCAAAUGCUUGCCUGAAUGUUAUGGAGGAAGCUUAAACUUGCCCAGAAUCAAUGGACCACAGUGGUUGGAGCUUCUGUUGCAAUGUGAUAAAGAAUAUGAAGCAAUCAACAGUUACGGAUAUAACAAGAAGGUGGAAAAAUAACAAACACCGCAGUUAGUCAAGUAUUAGUCAAAACAUUCCAAAAAUCACUUUUUUAUUUAGAGGUAGAUAAUUGGGUGUGUUGUAUACUUUUAUAUUCAUGAUAAGUCGUGUAUUAAUAGGAAAGAUUGUUGAUAUUUUGUUGUAUCGUAAAAUAACUUAAUUUUUUAUAAUGCGUUAAAUGAGGAACACUGGUUAUUGCUCAAGAAUAAAAUUGUCAUAAACGC